CUCGUCUAGAAGCAAACCGAAACCGACCCGGCCUUCCCCUCUCGCUCUCGCGUCUCUCGGCGGGCGUUCACUCUCCGGCGACGCGAACCUCCCGUCUCCGGCGACCGGCUGCCGCCCCGUCCUCCCUCUCAACCGGCUCGGCGGUGCUCCAUAGCUUGCCAUGUCUAAGAAGAGGGGCCUUUCCUUGGAGGAGAAGCGGGAGCAAAUGCUUCAAAUAUUUUACGAGAGUCAAGACUUCUAUCUGCUUAAAGAGCUUGAGAAGAUGGGUCCUAAAAAAGGAGUGAUCAGCCAGUCUGUUAAGGAUGUUGUGCAAAGCCUGGUGGAUGAUGAUCUUGUCUUGAGAGACAAAAUAGGAACUUCUGUGUACUUUUGGAGUCUUCCCAGUUGUGCCGGAAAUCAGCUGAGGACUACCUACAACAAGCUGGAGUCUGACCUUUCAAACUCUAAAAAACGUUACAUGGAGCUUCUUGAGCAGAGAGACGACUUGAAAAGAGGCAGGGAAGACACUGAUGAGAGAGAAGACGCUUUGGAGGAGCUGAAGGCUGUAGAGCUACGCCAUAAGAAGUUAAAGGAAGAACUAGCUGCCUAUGCUGAUAGUGAUCCAUCUGCACUAGAGGCGAUGAAGGACGCUACUGAGGUUGCCCAUUCGGCAGCUAACAGAUGGACAGACAACAUCUUCACUUUGCAACAAUGGUGUUCAACUACAUUCCCGCAAGCAAAAGAACAGCUUGAACACAUGUACAAGGAGGUGGGCAUAACUGAAGACUUUGAGUAUCUGCAGUAAUGCUCGACAGCCUGCAUAUGCCCUAUUGCAUCAUCGUGUGUAGUCUCCCUCAGCACGUGGUGUUGGAUCUAGAGUAGUUCACCCAAAAUUGGUGAGAAUCACCUGUGCCGUUGGCUAUUUAACGUUUGUGCAGAUGAUGCCAUUAUCGCACAUGUUCUGUUAUGUAAAGGUCAGAUGCCUUGCGUAUCAUUGUCGUCAGGAGAGAAUGUUCACUACGUUAAAACGGUGCUACAAGAUGAAUUUGGUACAUGCAUAUAAGAGAUUAGCAAUC